AUGGCAAAGAAAAUCAUUAUCGAUACCGAUCCGGGUAUCGACGACAUCCUCGCUCUGCUGCUAGCUCUGUCCGCUAAGCCAGAGGAAGUCGAGGUCUUGUUGAUUUCUUUGACCUUUGGUAACAUCGAAGUCCAAAACUGUCUUCGCAAUGUGGUGUCCAUGUUCCACAUCCUUGAACGCGAGGCCCAGUGGCGUCGCGAGAAUGGACGCCCCGAGGGCUUCGGUGCAAUGCGCGCCUCGCGCCCUAUUGUAGCCGUGGGCGCCGAGGAUCCUCUCGAGGACCAGAAGAUGUUGGCAGACUAUUUCCAUGGCACCGAUGGACUCGGAGGUAUCCAUGCUAGCCACCCGCAUCUCACUCCCAACCAGGAGUGGGCGCAUCUCUUCGACCCCGUCCGUGACUCCCACGGUAUUCAAUCCGCGGACGCGGACAACUGCUCGGGGGAUCAUUCGUUCAUCCCAUCUAAGAUCCCCGCGCACAAGGAGAUUCUCCGUGCACUACGCGAGAAUGAACCGGAUUCAAUCACUUUGGUGGCUGUCGGUCCCCUCACCAACCUGGCACUGGCAGCGGCCGAAGACCCAGAGACUUUCCUCCGCGUGAAGGAGGUGGUUGUAAUGGGUGGUGCCGUCAACGAACCCGGCAAUGUAACUCCAGUUGGCGAGUUCAAUGCCUACGCAGAUGCCUUUGCCGCUGCCCGGGUCUUCGCUCUUACAUCGCCCAACCCCAACUCAACUUUGCCCCCGUCAACCACUUCACAGCUACCUCCGUACCCAGCUAAGUUGAGCAAGCAAUUGACGCUGCGCCUCUUCCCGCUGGACAUCACUCUGCGCCACAACAUCUCCCGUGGUCAGUUCCGCACUGCUGUCGCCCCGCUCCUGGAGAAGGGUUCUCCCCUCGCGGAAUGGGUCAAUGCGUUCAUGGGACACACGUUCCGUACCUUGGAACGCCUGCACCCGGGCCAUGUUGGUGACGAUGCUCAAUUGAGUCUGCACGACCCUGUCUGCGUCUGGUAUGCCUUGACGACCGAGGAUUCGCGCUGGGCGCCCGCACCCAACUCGCCUGAAGAUAUUCGCGUCGAAACGACUGGCCAAUGGACCCGUGGUAUGUGUGUCGUGGAUCGUCGUAAUCGUCACCGUAUCGAAGGUGAAGAGGAAACCUCGAGUGACCAUGGGUUGUGGUUGAGUGCUCGCGCUGGCAACCGUAUCUAUCGGAUGGACCAGUCGCCGGCGGAAUCUAACUUUGGCCAGAUCAUUAUGGACAAGCUGUUUGGUUAG